AUUUGCUGAUUCCUGCGGAGAUCGAAAAUAGCACUCGUAACAAUCUCUCAAGGUCCCCUUCCAUUGACUUCAAGGUAAACUUCGCGAUGUAAACUGCGUGGCAGAACAGUUAGUUCUGUGGACGAAUACAUUGUUGACGUCAGGUAUCAUAGUGUAUACAAAGUGCGACGUGCGUCGCACGGUCGUGGAUUACUUAUCAAUGGGCCGCAUAUUUGUCCUCCGCGGACGAAGUCAACGCAUUAAUGCCUCGUCGCGUAUAAGGCGCCGUUUUCCGUGUCGCGAUUUCAGUUGCAGCCGAACAGCCGGCCGAAGGAAUUUCACGUGGAGUCGACUUGGCGAGAGAAGCGAUUACGUGGGAGGACACACGUUGCUGCAUUUGAUUGCCUCAACGCGUGUUUGUCACUGCUUAUUGGUACGUGCAAGACACGCGAUCGCCAUUAUACGCGUGUUCGUGUAAUUUCGCGUAUUAGACUUCCUGCCGGUCCCUCGCUGUGUUAUUUUUAGCGCUUAUCUUAUCAACGGCAAGGUCGAGGACGUCGUGUUCCGGUCCGAUUAUCGGAUGUGGUGCACGCAUUUGGCGGCUACGGAAACGACAACGGUAGCAUCAUCUGUGACGGAGACAGCGGUCGAGAACUCGAGCGAUCUGGCAGGUGAGAGGGCAUAUUGUAUGAGCAGGGGAGACUGCCGGUGAUGGACAAUGAGCAACCGCACCAGGAACUGGUCAAGUGCGUGGUCGUGGGUGACACGGCAGUCGGAAAGACCAGACUGAUCUGCGCCAGAGCCUGCAAUAAGCACGUGUCACUGUCACAACUCCUGACUACUCACGUGCCCACGGUCUGGGCUAUCGACCAAUAUCGGAUCUACAAGGAUGUAUUGGAGCGAUCUUGGGAGGUAGUAGACAAUGUAAACGUGUCGUUACGUCUCUGGGACACAUUUGGCGACCACGAGAAGGAUCGACGUUUCGCAUACGGCAGGUCUGACGUUGUGUUACUAUGUUUCUCCAUAACCAACCCCGUUUCCUUGCGAAACUGCAAGGUGAUGUGGUAUCCCGAGAUAAGGAGGUUCUGCCCGCAGACACCGGUCCUAUUGGUCGGAUGCAAAAACGAUCUGCGAUAUAUGUAUCGGGACGAAACUUAUCUCAGUUACUUUCGCGAUCGCAGUCCCUUUGUAAGGGCUACGAGGAAGAGCGAUCUGGUUAUGCCGGAUCAGGCACGGGCGGUGGCGCGAGAACUCGGUGUGUGCUAUUACGAGACAAGCGUUUUCACUUAUUACGGUGUGAACGAGGUGUUCGAAAAUUCGAUACGUGCCGCCCUAAUCGCACGUCGUCAGCAACGUUUCUGGAUGACGAACUUGAAAAGGGUGCAAAGACCUUUGUUACAGGCACCAUUCUGUCCACCAAAACCUGUACCGCCGAAGGUAUGCCUGGCUGCAAGUACCUAUGAGGAGAACAUGAAGAGCCUGUGGACGAGGCCGGUUCACACGGACGUUACUCUGAUAGCGAGUAACUGCACGUUCUCGGUUCAUCGAUGUUUACUCGCCGCCGCUUCGCCGGCGUUUCACCGGCUCUUCUCGAUGGAACUCGCUCAGGAACUAACGCCACGCAGCUCCAGCGAGUCCAGCAUGGUGAGCACUUUCGGCGAGGCCACCGUCGGUGACUUCAACGACGAUACCGAGUGCCUAAUUCGUAUCGAUCAAAGCAAACCCGCAAAAGUCUGGGAACAACUUAAGCGACGAUCGAGUUUUCAAGUACUGCCGACGAUGGAUAAUCAGAGAAAAAGCAACAGCGCGACGAGGGAGCUGAAUCAUCCUGCCUUCCAAAAUAUUCGUAUAUGUCUGACUGAAAAUGCGAACGGUGUGCAGCAGCCCAUGACUGUGAUCACGCUGUCGAAGCUGAUCACGCCGCAGGCGAUGCAGCAGUGCUUGCAAUUCAUUUACACGGGCAGCCUGGACAAACGGUAUCACGAUCUACAAACAGCUCCUAUCGGGCUUCUACUGGAAAUCAGGCAAGCGGCCGAAUUCCUCGAGUUGCCGCAAUUACUCAUGGUGCUCGGUAGCAUACAGACGCGGGAGCAGUUCGUCAAUAGCGAUCUCAAUAACCGGUACAAGCAAGUGGUUAGACAACGGCUGGAAGAUAUCUGCCUGGAGCAAGGUCUCUUCGCUGAUGUGAUGUUUGAGCUAGAUGAUGGCAGCGUACCGGCCCACAAAGCGAUUCUCACUGCCCGAUGCGACGUAAUGAAAGCCAUGUUCUCUGGCGAUUUUCGCGAAAGCAGCGCAAAAGUCAUAGUCUUUCCUGGGGUUCGGGAGUAUACAUUCCACAAGUUACUCUGCUAUCUUUACACGGACGAAGUGCCAGCGAUCUCUUCGAUCAGAUGCCUGAACCUAUUGGAACUAGCCAACAGACUCUGCCUUCAACGAUUGGUCAACCUAGUCGAGAGCAGAGUGAUUGAAGAUCUUGAGCGGCUUUCGCAAAAUGAGGGGAACGACGCUGUGGAAAACUGCCUGAGGCUGUUGGAGCCGUGCAAGCUGCAUAAUGCCGAUCAGCUGGCCGACUGGUGCAUGAAUCAUCUCUGCGUUAACUAUAAUAAGCUGUGCAAAAUGUCACCUCGUAGCGUGCGACUGCUUCAUCCGGAGAACCAGGAGUAUUUGAACGAGCACCGAUGGCCGCCGGUUUGGUACUUGAAGGAUUACGAUUACUAUCAGAAGUGUUUAGCGGAGCAGGUACGCGAGAACAAGCCGACAUUGAAGCGGAAUCGUAAUCAGUCCGGUUGUCUGUGUUUCUCGGGCUCGAGUAAAACCAGACGGGAGGGUAACACCGGUAACGGUGGAGGCACAAAAUCGACGACGUCGAGCGAGACACCGGCAGAUCGGCCACUCUUCGACGCCUCGACCGAAUCCGGCGAGCAAGCUGUAUGACAGGAACCAAGCGGCCUCAGCCGCUCCGUCAGAUUCAUCCUGGUCCUACCUGUGCUCAUGGUCUUCAUAUGCACUAUUUUUACCAUUUUGAUACUGCUACAGAUUUAUACUUAAGCGGACUGCAAGACACCAAAGAGACUACGCGUAAACGCACGAAAC